AUGGUAUUGCCAGUCUCUACCAUUGGCUUUGAAGGUUAUGAAAAGAGACUCAAGAUUUCUUUUCCUGAACCUGGAAUAUUUGCUAGCCUCAGAGGUCGGGGCCUCCGAUCUUUGUCCAAAUCCCAAUUGGAUAAAAUUCUAGACCCAGCUCAAUUCACCAUUAUGUCUUCAUUGUCUAAUGAUGAAAUGGAUUCGUAUGUCCUAUCUGCGUCUGACCUUUUUGUAGACCCGUACAAAAUAAUAAUUAAAACUUGUGGGAUUACAAAAUUGCUUCUUUCAAUCCCACCCAUCCUUAAGUUUGCGGAUACUCUCAGACUCACUGUGAGUUCUGUUAGAUACACUUGUGGAAGUUUCAUAUUUCCUGGGGCACAGCCAUUUCCACAUUGUAGCUUUUAUGAAGAAGUAGUUGUUCUAGACGGCCAUUUUACCCAACAUGGGCUAAAUAGCAAGGCCUAUGUGAUGGGUGGUGUCGAUGAACGUCAGAAUUGGCAUAUCUACUGUGCAUCUGCUACGCCAAUGAAAGAUUUGAGUCUGGUGUACACCCUAGAGAUGUGCUUGACCAAUUUGAAUGAGAAGAAUGCGUUUGUAUUUUACAAACUUCAAUCAAGCUCGGCAAUUGUCAUGACUGAAGCUUUUGGCAUUAGGAAAAUUCUCCCUGAUUCUGAGAGUUGUGAUUUUGAUUUUGAUCCCUGCGGCUACUCCAUGAAUGCUGUUGAAGGGGCUACAAUCUCUACAAUUCAUGUGACUCCCGAGGAUGGCUUCAGUUAUGCAAGUUUUGAAGCUGUUGGAUAUGAUUUCAAAGUGGUUGACUUGACCCUGCUACUAGAGAGGGUGCUCGCUUGCUUCCAACUAGCAAAGUUUUCCAUAGCUUUGCACGGGAAGGAACUUGAUAUGGACUCGACACGAAAUAUGAAGGGAUAUGUAUGUGCAAAAAGGAACUUUGAAGUUGUUGGUCAUGGUGGAUCUAUUAUCUACUGCAGCUUUAUCAGUGUUGGAAACUGCAGCUCUCCAAGGUCAAUUCUGCUAGACAAGAACCAGGACGAGGAAGUCAAGAAGAAAUAA